CAUAUCCCCCCCCAUCCCCCCCUCCCCCUCUAUGGGGCGGUUCCGCUCUGGAUGUUCCGGCCGUUCCUAUUCCCGACCCCGAAGGAACUUGGGGCUCUCGCUAUGGGGCUCCUGGUCGCUGCCAUCUCCGCCCUCCACGUCUCCGUCCUCAUCCUCCUCUUCGCUGCCACCCUGGAUAAGGUGUGGUGGGUGCAGGACGGGCGGAGCGUUUCCCUGUGGUACCGCUGCGUGGCGCUGCAGCAACACGAGCUGCGAUGCGAACAGCUCAGCGCGCAACGUGAGUCAAUGGGAACCGCGGAGCCCAUUGAGAACCAUUGAACCCAUUGAGAACCA